AUGCACUACAGCGACACAUCGACCGUGGCCGUAUUCACUCAGAAACGCGCGGGUCGUCGACUAGGACGGACGUGUUUUGUUAGUCUGCUGUUGUUAUUUUCAAAUUUUAACAUGAAUUGGGACAACGAAACCGUUCUAAGAUUUUUAGAACUUUAUCAGAUGAAUCCGUGUAUAUGGGAUCCUCAGAAUAAUAAUCACAGAAAUAGGCAACGUGUAAAUGACGCAUGGAAUAAUAUCAAAGAAAGUUUGGGGUUGCCUUGCAGUGUGAGGGAUUUAAAAAAGAAGAAAGAGUGCCUGAUGUCGGCUUAUAGAUCCUACAAAGGCAAGAUUAAGAAAUCUGAGAUAUCAGCUGCAGACGCAAAUGACUUGUAUCAACCAACGUGGUAUGCGUUUCCACUAAUGGACAGUUUCUUGGGAUCCGUAUAUACUUGCAACAUCAGUAUAAAUGAGGGCGAAGAAAAUGAAGAGUCAAGUAAAUUUGAUACGAAUGCAACUUCUGAAACUAAAGAUGUUUUGCAAGAAAGACGAAAAAAAUCACUGCCAUCCAUGACUACAUCAUCACCCUCCCAACAUCGUCCAUCCAAUGCAAAGUACACAAAAACAGCAAUUACAUCCGAGGUAUCUAAGCGGAGGCAGCUUAUUGCACCCGAGCUGAUACAAGCGCAGAAACAGAUGGAGGAAGCAUUCAAUCUAAUGAAAAAUGCGUAUCAGAAUCAGCGGUCUACAGAUGAUGAUGAUGAGUGUUCAAUUUUUGGCACACUAAUAGCUAAAAAGUUAAGAAAGCUUUCAGAAGAAGAAAGAGAUAGAAUGAUGGUGAAAAUUAAUCAACUGUUCCUCGAACGUCACGUAACUAGUCGACCAAUUUCAGCAACUUCUUAUUCCCUAUCACCACCAGUAUUUGAAGCGGUAGACUGCGAUGCACCCACUAUAAGGUUAGGCCUAAAGAUGGAAGAGGUAACGAAACGCAAUCAACAGGCUCAUCAGUGAACUAGAUAAGCACAGACGAUUGCUUAUUGUGCACCAAAGAAGUAUACGCAAGCCAUUACAAUGUUUGUAAUAGUCGGCGAAGCCGUCGGUUAGAAAAUGAUUCGCAAAUUUUAAAAAAAAUCUGUGAUAAAAAAUAUUAGGAGAGGUAAUUGAAAAACAUGGCGAAAUUUGGCAUUCAUUAUAUGAUUUUAUUUGAGAAAAAAAAAAUCGUUUGCGGACGUUAUUUCUGUGUAUAAAACCAAUCGAAAGUUAGUGAUUUUUUGGUUUAGGCGCCUUUUUAAUGAAAAUAACCUUUUUCAGCAAGUUUAAUCUUCGCAUUCGAUGCGAAAGAAUUUGUUCCAUUUUAUGCCUGAUACAAUGAGGCAAUAAUUGCUAAUUCAUAAUAUUUGUUAAUUUAAUUACAUAAUAAGGAUAAUUUAUAAGAUUGUUAUUAUAUUUACAUUAUAAAACUAAUUAAUAAAAAUAUAUCAAAAGUUAGAUUGGGUUCACCUUGACCUCUUCCUUUAGGACCUGACCCAAAACAUUGUAGACUUUCAAUACAUAUACAGAUAUGAUUUAACUAGAAAAGAUAGUAAGUAUAAACUUUUAUACUCCAGUACUCCAGGUGCUUCUCGCUAUUAUUAUAUUUUUAAGUAUUAUUCUAAAAAAUAUCAUGUUAAAGAAUUAAAACUCAAAUAACAGCCGACAUAUUUUUUUAUUCUCCAGAAGUCUCUGCUAGCAUUUCCUUAAACAUACCUACCAUAGAUUCCAUAUAAAAUAAUUUUAUUUCAGUUGAAAUGUGUUUGUGACUCUUUAAUUUUAAGUAAAUUUUUGACUAAUUUUGCUUCGAUAGUAAAAUAUCAAUGAAAUAAAAACUAAUAAUGGUUUAUUGUGCAUCAAACAUUUAAGCCAGUAAUAUACUUUAAGAUUUUAUUUAUGUCUUACUGAAGGGCCUGAGUGUUUACUAGGGAGUGAUAUUUUCAAUUUCUCUUCAAUUAUUUAGUACUUUUUAAAUGAAGUCAACAUAUUUUUUUUAUUUAUUAAUUUAAGAACUAAUAAUCAAUUUAAGUUAAAAUAAUAAAGUAACACCAACUGGUUACUGAUUUUUAAUAAACUUCUGAAUGCCGUUUACAUUCAUCAAUCGCCAUGGCCUCUUCAGUACAAAUGUUUUUACACAACAUACAAUACAACAAUAUUUCCAUUGCAAGUGCCAUCUAGCCCAACAAAUAGAGACUGUUAGAGAAUUUAGUGUAUUCCGCAAUUAUUUUGGCGAUUAAAUUAUACGAAUACACAAACACAAAGAAAACAAGUAAACCACCACCCUAAGAAUUAACAAUAAAUAAUAAUCCUGUCUAUUAUAAAUCGUUCAAGCAAUCGUUUAGCUAUAUGUUUAAGUUUAAUUAAAUGAAUUUUAUUUAGCAAUAAUAAUAUAUAAGAAUAAUAUUGGUUUAAAAAGUGGUACUUUCGUACAACCUCGCUUUAAGCUGUUGGUCGUUUUAUUACGAUGGUUAACUCACUU